AAGAUUUUCCUUCCUUUCUAAUUAAUCUUUUUAACUUGUAGAGGCUCCGAAAUUACCCGUAACAUUGGCUAAUGGUUUAUAAUGUCACGUGUCUUAGGGAGGGCAUUUGUUGGGAGAGAAUGAAUUCUGAUAGGGUCGAAGUGGAAGUGUAGAGAAGCAGGAGGUAUGUCCGGCGAGGGGCAGGGGCAGGGGCAGGACUACUGGUGUUAUCAAUGCGACAGUAGGGUGAGAGCCAGGGAUGACACCGCCGAUCUUCUUUGCCGUGAAUGUGAUGGAGGUUUCAUUGAGGAAGUCCUCAGCCCAACUCCCAAUUUCAUGGGCCGCCUUUCUUUUGACUCGGGAGAAGCGAUUGUAGAGGAAGCAGAAGAGCAACAUCCAGAUGAUGAUCGAGACCAAAUAUGGCCUAGAUUAGGCGGCGAUCAUGGAAACAGCAUCAACCAAAUCAUGGAAUCAAUUUCAAGUGCAUUCUUGGAUAGGGAGGAGGAGGGUCCGCGUCAAUCAUCAAGAGGGAGGAGGAGGAGGGGCAGAGCAGGGAUGGAUAUGGAUGCGGGUGGGUUCAAUCCUUUGCUUCACCUCCAUAAUUUGGUAGGGUUGCGAAUGGGAGGUGGUAACGUGGAGAUAUUUGUAGACAAUGGGAGUGGGAGUGGGACGAGCUCAAUCGCAGGUGGAUUUGGGGACUACUUGGUGGGUCCUGGAUUGGAUCACCUAAUCCAGCAGCUGUCAGAACACGAUCCCAACAGGUAUGGCGCUCCGCCUGCCUCCAAGACUGCUGUGGAAACAAUGCCCACCAUUAAAAUUAGUGAAACCCAUCUUGCUCCUGAUUCUGCACACUGUGCUGUGUGUAAGGAUGAGUUUGAUAUGGGUUCCGAGGCGAAACAGAUGCCUUGCAAUCAUAUAUACCACACUGAUUGCAUCGUCCCCUGGCUUGCACAACACAAUUCGUGUCCUGUUUGUCGGUAUGAGAUGCCCACAGAUGAUCCGCACUAUAAUCAGAAUCGGUCUGGGGCACAUACCUCUCCCUGGGCAAGAAAUUCUGAUGGUGGAAAUUCGAACUUUUCUCUCUCAGGUGUUCCUGCUGCAAUUAGAGAUCGCAAUCAUGCAUCUGUUGAACCGAACACAGGCUUUGCAGCCGCUGCUCCCAGUGCCCCCAUUCUACGCGAGUCGUCUUCUACAAUCUUUCCUCGUAUCACUAGUAGAAGUAGGAGGUUCCAGUUUUCUGCUACUGGCCCAUCCAGGGCCUUCAUCUCAACAACACAGCAGGCGGAGGCUGAAAUGGGCUCUGGCCCAACGAACAGUGGGGAGACCGUCUCUAGCAGGCCAAACGAUGUCAAUUCUGUUCGGGGCAGCAAUGUUGGUUCUACAAGGAUAGAUGAUGAUGGGGACACUGUGAUGUCUGAAGCAAGGCAAGAUGCACUAGAUUGAUGGAGAGUGUCUUAAGAAUAAGCUCAACUUUUUUGAAGGUAUGACUGCCAGGCCAUUUUACAACACUCAGCACAUUUGGAUUCAGUGACAGUUGGAUGACUUUUUGUUGUUCACCUAUAAACUGAUUUCUGGAUGGGACAAUUUUAUUCUAGUUAUUUUAUUUCUUUGUUCACUGUGAAUAGUCCGCAAGGAUGACGACUGCGUUUAAGGUAUAUGGUGCUGAAAAACAAUAUUAGUUCCUUUUGUGCUAUAAUAUUCUGCGGCCAUUUGUCAAAUUGUACAGGUUUCAAUAUCAAUCUAUGUUUCUUUUCAA